AUGACCCUGAAUAAAGUAUCGAGAAGCCUCGAGAGGGCUGCUAUUUGCAGGCUGCCUCCUCCCCCCCCCCGGGGCACACAGAGCCGCAGCGAUGCCGCCCCGAUGACGAUCAUUCCGCUUACGGUCACGCUCGCUCAACCGUGUCUCCCUUCGGCGGAUCAGCCGGUGCCGAGGGUGACAGCCAGUCUGUUUAUAUCAGCUCCGUCAGGCAGGGCUUGGUCGGUCCACAGGAUCUCCCCGAAGAAGGAUAAUCAAAAAGAGAUUAGGGACGAUGUUGAGGACCCUCCCAUUGUGUCCCCUAGCUCUGGAGGAAUGGCCAUUGUCCUCCCCGGCCUGUCUAGGUCUAGGCCACUUCCUCAUACCUCAUCUGAGGGCGUCCAUUUCGUAUUUAUAUCCACUAAAACAGUCAUUCUCGAUAUUCUGUCCUGGCAGAUUGCAUAG